AAUAUUCUCUGAGCAGUGCGGAUCUCUCCUCGAUAUCUGGCUUUAACAGUGCCAACACUCUGCAUCUGGGUUCAAUGAGUGGAUGGCAGCAGCAUCAGAUCCAGAACAUGCAGCACUCUGCUCUCAGUCAGCUGGGAAAUUGCUCCAGCACUCACUUAUGUCAGGGUUCAAAUCUCUCCCUGCCCUCUACUCAAAGCCUGCACAUCAAGUCCGAACCUGUUUCUCCUCCUAGAGAUCGAUCCAGCAGCACUACGCCUGCCGGCUACGGCCCGCUACCAUCCCUCCAGCAGCACCAGGGCCCGCCCCCACAGGGGCGACAGGACUCGGGCCGCUCCCCGGCCGACAGCCUCAGCAGCUGCGGCAGCUCGCAUGAAGGCAGCGACCGCGACGACCACCGUCCCGACUUCCAUUCGCCAUUAGGAUUGGGCCGGCCUGGCCUGGAUGAGCAAGACAGCCCAUCCGUCAAGCGUGUCCGCCUCUCGGAGGGGUGGGCCACAUGAUAAGCCAUGCCCCGCUUGGACAGCCCCAUCCUCGAUCUUGACCUCGAUCUCCCCAUGCGCUAAUCAUUGCUCUCCCUUAUUCUCUGAUUUGCUGUAGAGAGGGGAGGAAGUGCUCUCGAAAUUACCUGUAUUUUUUUUUAUUAUUAUUAUUAUUUUAUCAGAGUGUGUCUGAUAUACAUAUUGUUGUGAUUGACGGGUUUUCAGGGAGGGAAGCGGGAAGGAGGACUGAUACACCAGGGUUGGGGAGGGUUUAGUGGGUGGGGUUAC